AUGUCACUCCGCUUGUCGGCGCUCUGCUGGGCUAUCCUUGCGAUUUGCAUUGCCACCGUCGCUGUUCACGCGUACCAACCCACUGUUCCGCGGACAGAGAAGAAGUACCUUAUUCACGUGCAUCCGCUUUCAGAGGGCUUCGACGACGCAGGUGAGGAACCAACGCUUGUUUCCGUGACAGAAACAACAUCACUCUGGCUGCCACGUGGAUCGGCUGACGACAACGAUGAGCACCUGAAUUUUAAUGAGGAUAUGGAUCCCUUUUGGGUGCACGUACUGCGGCGGCGGCGCUUUGAUUCGCUGGAGUGGUCUGGCUGUGGAGGUUCGUGGCGCUCUGAAUGGAGUGCGGCAUUGUACGACACCAGCUCCCCCAUCAGUGAGAGCACGACCGAACUCAUUUACGACCUCUCGCACCACACGGUGUGUUACUUCUCGGGUCUCUCUGCCUGUGGAUGGGGCAAGACAGAAACGUUGGACAGCGACGAUGAGAACAGCAACAGAUCCGCGGACCCUAAUGCUGAGGCUCGAAGGCACCACCAAUGGUUGGCACAGUUUGUCUCCUCGCUCCUCUCCUCGCCACUCAGCUGGUCGAAAGAAACACCGCGGCAUAUCCGCCCUGUCGGUGCUCUUCACUCGGUCUCGGGUGAUGGAAGCGUUGCAGCAGGCAAGGGGAACUACCACUGGUGUUCGUAUCACCUUGCCCAGCACGAUACAGUGUGCACACAGCAUGUUAGCGCACUGCUUAACGGUGGACGCAGCGGAAAGGGCAUUGAGGAACGUAUCCCAGAUGGCAUAUUCCGGGCGGGCCUGCUCACAAUGGAGGAAUUCUUUUCCUCAGGUUUCCAUCACUUCCACUUUGGUGCGUCGCAGUCGCCUGUCGUGGCACAAGACGCGGCAGAGGAGACAGAGAUCAAGCUCCUCGUCCGCAUGGCAUUUGUUGCGCGCAAAGGUGUUUUUGGCAAACUCGCAGCCCAUUGGAAGGAAUAUUUCCCCUCAUAUGCCGGUCGUCUGACGUUCGUUGUUGGACCGCGUACGAAUGCACAACUCCGUGAUGCCUUGCAAUUUACGAUGGGCACUCCACAAGUUGAAGCGGCGCCACGGAGCGAAGAAAAUUUGACCAGUCUUCAUUCGGCAUGGACAGGAGAGCUCGCACCGACCGCGCAGUACUACAUCACCACAGUGGGACAUGACCGUGGGAAUUACAGACUGGUCGUGUUCCCGCCGACGACCACGGCGCAUCAGGCAAGCGAUGCCCUGUACGGGCUGAGACCAGGGGAUACGCUUGAGUCGCUUCUCAUGUUUCCCCUGCACGUCCUCCGGCCUUCCCUUCAUGCGAUGCAGUCCAACCCACCAGGAUCAUCUACAUUGGAAAACGCGUUUUUUGACGACAGCGCGAAUGUGCUUGUGGUGCUUGUGAAAACUGUGCUCACUGAGGCUCAUAUUCGUGAGGCGCGUAUGAAUGAAGAAGGCUCUAUGACUAGUGGCUUUGUUGUUUGUGAGUUUCCCUUUAAGUUUGGCUGGGCUGCUCUCAAAGACAUGCCGCAUGACGCCAACAGUAACCGUAUUUUGCCGCAGCCUGUUAUUCGCCUUGGGAAAAGUUUGGAGGAUAUAACGGAAGCUGCUGGAGCUGCCACGACUGUCACUGCCUCGGUGGGCACUGAGCGUUGUGCUGCUCCAAAGUGUGCGGCUCUUAGCAUGAUGCGAAUUGAUCAUCAAGAAUCAUUAGAACGUUUCUUGGAGAGUCUGCUGCGCAACAAGCCGCGGAACGAGAGCACGAUGUCUUGCAUGUGCUACUUUUGGCUCCGAUGCAACAAUGUUGCUGGCACCACUAUCCCUGUUCCCGAUCCCGCGAUGGUGUUCAACGUCAUAUCACUAGGACUGAUCUUCUCCGGGGUGCUAUCGGGUGGCGUGACUCGCAUCACACGACGUUUUUUUGAGAAGCCAAAGGAUGAGGAGGUGGACAAGGCUGACAAGACGUCUUCAUAA